AUGAUGAUGGACUCUGCCAUACCACCACCUCCGCCCAUGAUGUCUUCAACCAUACCACCACCUCCACCAUUCUCUUCGUAUCCGAGUGCUGGAGCAACAACAACAUCCUUCUCUCAACCUCCUCCUUCUCUCUCACAACAACCAGCCAAUUUUGAAACACAAUCCGUGAUUCUCUCAACCUCCGAACGUUCCAUUGAUUAUUCAAAUAUUAAUAAUUUAAAAAGAUGUGAUCAGAAAUGGACGAUUGAUUGUGAUGAAGGUCUUUUAGAUUAUUUGAAAUCCUAUUCCAAUAGAUUGUUUACACAAAUGAAUCACUUGAGAGAUUCUGUUGAUGAAUUAUUCUAUGAUACUCAAUCAUGUCAAGUCAAAGUGAAGAAUGCAUUCAAUGAAUUUAUCAUGUUAUCUAAUACUCAAUUCAUUGAAAAUCGUGUGAUUGUACCAUCUUCUGAACCAACUGCCACGACAGAAACCCCUGUUGAACAACCUCUUGCAAAAGAAUUAACACCAGAAGAGAAACAACAUCGUUUCACAACAGCUAUCAAAUAUGGUCUCAAUGCAGUUCUUGAAUCAUGUACCAUUCCAAUUGAUGAAGGAACAGCCUAUGAUGCAAUGAUGAUGAUCGACGAAAAUGGAAAUACUAUUCUCGAAGAAGAUCAAUUACCAAUGGAUGCAGAAGAAUUGGAACAAAAUCGUCAAGCUGAAGAAUUUAUGAAGAAUACUAUUGCUCAUAAUGAUUAUAUUCAACAAAUUGAUCCAAUGUUGAUGAAAAAGAGAACACUUCCAUAUAUUAUUGGAAGCAGUAAAUUCUAUAUGAAUGAUUUGGUGGGAAUUAUUCCAAAUGAGGAAGAAGAACAAUUGAAAUUAAUGACGUAUCAUGAAAAUGUCAAUGCCACAGUGGCUGGAACACAAAUUGACACCAGUGUUGCUAUACCUCCUCCACCCAUGACAUCUGCCAAUGGUGUUCCUCCACCACCACCUUCAUCAUUUGGAAAUAUUCCACCUCCUCCGCCAAGUACAUUUGGAAAUAUUCCACCCCCUCCACCCAUGAUGAUGAUGAAUGGCACUAUUCCACCUCCACCCCCUCUAUCCUUUGAUAUGCCACCUCCACCACCAGAUGCAUCUUUGAAACCAAAAUUGAAAAAUACUUUUGAGAAUGGAGAGGAUUCGUUUACAUUGGGAGAUGAACAACCACCACAAUCGACUGAAAACUUCUUUGGAGUUUCUAAUACCUCACCUGCUGUUGGCGAAAAUAAUGGAGAAGAAUCAUCUAUGGAUAUUAGAACUCAAUUGGCCAAUUUAAUGAAGAAAGGAUCAAACCAACCACCAUCAUCGACAGCUGAUAGUAGCAAUGGCACCACUCCAUCGUUGGAUGGUAAUGGUGGUCACACACAAUCCUUAGAUAACAUAUUUGGAAAUGACAAUAGUGAUGGAGGAUUAUUUGGAAGUGGAUUAUUUGGUGGAGGUUCAACAACAAAUACUACUUCAAAGAAGAGAAAUUCAGAUGAGUUUGAUUUAAAUCAAUUGGAACAAGAUAUUGGAUUUGGAUUUAUGAGUAACACGAAUACCACAACGACUACCGACUCAUCCUCAAAACAAAAGAAACCAACGACAUCUAUUGGAUUCUUCUCAGAAGAGGAAGAUGAUGGGUUAUUUAGUGGAUUUAAGACUCAACAAGUAUCAACUACCACUUCUUCAAAUACUUCCAGUGCUGCUGCUACUACUUCCAAUAAUACGACACCUCUCAUUGGCGGUGAUCAUGAGACUAAAGUUGGUGGUGGUGGUUUGUUUGACGACGAUGAAGAUUUCAGUAUUUUACCAACUAAGAAAUCUACCAAUACGGCUACCACCAAACCAGCCACCGGUCCUAAAAUAUCCAUGACUUCAGCCUUAUUUGAUGAUGAAGAGGAUGGCUUAUUCUCUACGAAGCCUUCAUCUACUUUGACACCAACAACAAGUGGUUCCAAGACUAAUGCUGGUGGUACAGGAUCCAGUAGCACUACUGCAGCUACUAAAACAUCUUCACUCUUUGAAGAUGAAGAAGAGUUUAUGGUUGAUACCAAAAAGACUCCAACCAUUACCACUCCAAUCAUUGCCUCAACAACAACAACCUCAGCAUCUAAAAAGCCAGCGUCAUCAUUGUUUGGAGACGACGAAGAAGAAGAAACAUUUAAACCAUCCACUGCUGCUACUACCAAACCCUCUACUACUGCCACUGCUGCUACUAAUAAUACAGUAGUAGUAGCUACUAAAAAGAGUGCUCUCACUUCUUCACUCUUUGAAGAUGAUGAAGAAACACUCCUUCCAAAGAAAGAAGAAAAGAAGGUCACUAUGGAAGACAAGAUUAAAGACACCACCAAGGAUUCUUCUUCCAACAGUACCGCUACCAAAAACAAUACGACAGGUAUUGCAAUUCCAAACAGUGAUAAUUCUACCUCCUCUUCUUCCUCACUCUCAUCAUCAGUCUCCAAAUUAUCAUCUUCACAAUCUGACAUUAAAUCCAAAUUGGGUUCAUCCAUUCUUAAAGGACUUCAAGCAAAUAUUGGAGGAGGAUAUAUUUCCACAAAGAAGGUUAUGGGAAUUAGUGAGAGUAGUGAAACUUCUUCAACAAAUGCCACUGUGCCAGCAGAGUCUGAACCAAAACCUGAAGAAUCAAAUUCUUCACUCGACUCUUCAACAGAUGAACCUCUCUUUGUCAAGAAAGAUAUUCCAAAGAAAGUCGAAGCAACAAGUGUUGAAAAAUCAUCACCAUUGACAGGUGCAGGAUCCUCGAAAAAGAAGACAUCUCUAUUUGACGAUGACGAUGAUGAAUUCAUUUCAACAUUGAAAUCAAGUCCAUCCAUUGCUUCCACAACAAGUUCAAAUACCUCUUUUGCAACCACAACACCUCAACCUUCCACAGCAUCACCUCUGACCACUGUAGCUUCUGAAACAAAACCAUUAAGCAAUACUACUGAAGUACCUUCAUCAAGCACUGUUGGAAAUGGAGAUGUGUUCUCAUCAUCUUCAUCAAAAACUAACUUUGCUCGUGAUGGUAACAGUGGUGUCAAGUUAGAACAUGCCUCGCUAGGAAGACCAAAGAGAAAGAAGAAUAGAGGUGGAUCGGUUAAAAAGCCAACAGCAACAUCCUUAUUGGAUGAAGAGGAUGAGGAUGAUCAUUCAAAAACAACACAAGAGGUGUCGAAUCCUUUGACAAGUGGUGGUGGUGUGCCAUCCAAUGAACAACCAAGCAAACAACCAGCCAAGACGUCACUCUUUGAAGAGGAUGUAGUAAAGAAGGACUCCACAAUAACCUCUUCAACUAAAAAGACGUCAUCAUUGUUUGGAGAUGAGGAACCAAUUGCCAAGCUGGCAACAGCUGUGAAAACAGAAGAGAAACCAUCCACUAAAAAGACAACAUCAUCACUCUUUGGGGACAUUGAUGAAGAGCCUUUGAUGAAACCAAAGAACAGCGAAGAACAUACUAAAAAACAGACAACACCAUCUCUCUUUGGAGAUAGUCCAUCAGAUUUAUCAAAGCCUUCUGAAACAAGUACUGAAAAGAAGAGCACGACCACCAAAAAGACUCCAAAAUCACUCUUUGGAGAUUUGAACGAAGAUGACGAUUUCAGUUUCAUAAAAUCGAGUACCAACAAUGAAAAGAAGAAUCAACGAAUUGCUGAUCGAGAAAAGAAAAUUGAAUCCACUUCGAAAUUAUUCGAAGAUCCACUUUCCAAUGUAUUAAGCAAACCAUCUGAAAAGAAGAAGGAAGAGAGUGCUGCUGUUACAACGACCACAACUACAGGCGCUGCCACGAGUAAUGGUGCUGUCGUUACAACCACUCCAUCCAACACAUCAACAACCACACCACCAAUCACGACUUCCCCAACAGCAUCAGAACCAUCCACCACAACACCACCUGUUGGUCAAGAACAAAAGACCAAAUCCUCAUCAUUAUUUGGUAAUGGUAGUGGUGAGGAUCCGCUUGAUGUAUUGUUGGGAGCAUCUAACAGUAAUUCUACUGGCGCACCUAAAAAGAAGAAACCAGAGAUUGUCAAGAACAAGAAGAACGAUAUUGAUUCAUUCGUAGAUGAUAUUCUUGGAGGACCAAAGAGCACUCAACCAAAGACAACCAAAAAAGCGAAUAUCAUUGAUGAUUUAGUGGGUGGAAAAUCAAAUGGUACAACUAGUAGUGGAUUAUUUGAUGAUGACAUUCUUUCAGCUGGCAACAACAUGCUACAACCAAAAAGAAAGCAGCAGCUGUUACGAAUUCAUCCAAUCUCUUUGGUACAAGUGUCGAUGACUCGCCUACUACUGUUCCAUCAACAAGCAACCAGACCAAGAAAGCAACCAAGAAGAAGGGAGAUUUCCACAAUGAUUUGUUUGACUUUUAAAUUUACUGUUACAAAUGUUCACACAAAUACUGGAAUAUGGUAA